UCUCUCUUCUCUGAUUUUUCAAAAUGGAGUCCACUCACCUCCUGGGCAGCUCUAAGAAGAGAGUAAAGAUCCACCCUCACACUGUCACAGCCAAAUACGCCACGCACACCCCGUACUCCCCUCAGCCUGGGGUGCACACACACUUCCCUCAACCCGGGGACGAUGGCUAUGACGAUGCCCCGUCUUUUGAGGACUUUGGCUCUUUCCUGGAGGAGACGUCAGACAAGAAACAGCUGACGGAGAGCAGGAGGUGGCCCCUGACUCUGUUUAGCUCCAGAGACAAAGACAAGGAUACGGCCCACAAACCUCAGGCUGCCGUGGGGGCAGAUGGGAGCGAGGUGGCGGCCAAAGCAGCAAAGGGGUCUGGAAGAGGGGUCGGGGAACAGCUGGCCAGUUUUGGGGAGGCGUCUGUGUCUGCGUCUCGCCUCACCUGGGUGGGGCUGCUCUGUGCUGCUCUGGCUCACGGCUGUUUGAUUGUUCUGACCCGUCUGGCCUCCGAACGCUUCAGCCUGGGCCCCCUGUUUCUGCUCUUAGUUCGAUCCAUCGUCCAGCUCCUCUCUGUGGCUGUACCACUGCACAAGGGGGAGAACCCCUUCGGACCAGCGGGCUACCGCCUGCGGCUGCUCUGUUACGGCAUCGCCUACUCGCUCUCCCUCUGCUGCGCCUACUCAUCCUUAACUUUUGUCUCUCCCGGAAACGCCACAACGACCUGGCGCCUGGCGACCACAGCGCUGUCGGCAACACUGGCCUUCCUGCUCCUGGAGGAGAGGCUGGGAUUGGCUGAUGGGAUCACCAUAGCUGCAGGGCUGUGUGGUUUGGGCCUUGUGUUACUUCCCACAGUAGAUGAGAGCAACUCAGAUUCACCGACUGACCCGGUUGUGUUCUGGAGAGGUGCUUUUGGCUGGUCUCUCUCUGUGCUCGCAGGACUGUGGAUGGCGCUGGCACUGGUCGGGUAUCGUUCCCUGAAGGAGAGGGUGGGAGUGGGCACAGCUUUGUUCACAGUAAGCUGGACGGGCUGCCUGUUCGCCCCAGCCUCCUUGGCUCUGCUCCAGGAGGGCUGGUCCUGGCCCGUGAGUGCCACAGCUUGGGGCCUGGUCCUGGGCCUGGUUGCCUGCUCGGUAGCAGCCUUCCUGGGGAUGACGCACGCGCUCACACGCCUCCAUCCGGCUCUGGUGUCCGCCUCUCAGAGCCUGGAGGUACCCAUUGCCUUGCUGCUGCAUCUGGCCGUGCUGCCAUUGGUUCCCACUGCACCUGAGGUCGUCGGGAACGUGAUGGUCAUACUGAGCGUUGUUUGGCUGGUGGUGAUGAAGCUGCUGCCCUCCCGAGGGGGCGGGCGGCGCCAGCGGGAGGAAUAUGAAGAGAUUCUGGACUCGCCCAUCAAAUGAACACCGUCUCUCUUCUCUUCACACGUCCAUGUUCUCUUCUUCUCACUCCCUCCAUCAACAGAUCAUUUCCAGUGUACAUAAGAGACUGCUAUACUCAUGAUCGGAGCUUUAUCUAUUUUGUAUCGUCCUCUUUUGCUUUUGGGAAAGUGCCAAUAUUGUGUUGUCUGUUUUAGUGACGAUGUGAUGUGACAUUAAAAUCUCUCUGAUGAACACAAUGCAUUCCUGAAGCCACUUGUAGUCAAGAUUUCACAGGAGCGUGAUAUCGGUCACUUUCUAGCAGCCAGCUGAGGUUUGGCCGAGGAUUGAUGCUAUCUGCUCGGCUGCUGGUCGACAGAUAAAUUGGGGUAGAGAGCGAGCAGAUGAUGGCAUUGGCAUACAGAUAAGAAGGAGGGAGGGAAGGAGAGUGAUGGCAGAUGACGAAACAGGGAUGAAAGAGGGGGUUGGAAUGGAAAGGGAGCAGAAAGCGAGAGUGAUGGCGGCUGUGUCUGGGCAGCUGGCUGAUAAAAACCCUGUUCUGAACUCUGGGAACUGUCAUUAUGUGUAAUAACUAUACCUGUCCGAUAGUACCUGAUUCUAUCCUCCUCUAUUCUCCUCAUCAUUUGCCUCCUGCUUUCACCAUUUGUUGCUUUGUCUCUCCAUUAAAACGAAUGAGCAACACACG